GCUUGUACAACAACUGGAGACUCAGAAGGUUGAAUAUUCUGCCCUGGAGAGCAAACUUCAUCAGCUGGAAGAGAAACAGACAACUUAUGAAGACACAUUGGGAGUGAUUAGCAAUUCCUGGGACUGUCUAGUGACUGACUUGGAGUCUCGUUGUGUUUGCACAUGGGGAUCUGAAAAUGGCGGACAUGGCAUAAAAGAUUCUCGUAUGCUUGAGGAUGCAGCUGAUGGAGCACCAUCCUUUCCAGUCGAAGAAGAUUUUAUGAGCAGACUUAUGGAAACGGGAGCCACUGAAAGUUGCUGCGAUGUACUAUCCCCUAGGCAAUUGGAAGCGGAUGUUCGGACAUCACAGUUGGCAUCAAGAAACAUCUUGCAAAAUAUUAUGACGUCCGUAAAUCGUUUAUGGCAUGUAAACAAUAAAGCUGUUUCUGCUCUCUGCAUGACUCUUUCAGGAGAUGAGUCGAACAGACAGUUGCAAAAGGCUGCUAAUGACUUACAGAUGGAAGUUCAGAGUUCACAAGUGGCAAUUCAAGAUCUCCAUUUGAAGCAUAGACCAUUGGCAAAUAAGGUACAGUACCAGCGAGAUAUGGAUGCCAAAAAUAGAGCCGAACACAAACGUUUGGCAGGGGAGUUGGCGAGUGCUGUUGCUGAGUUAGGGGAAAUCAAUUGUAGAUUGGCAAGUCUCAAGGCACAAAAAGAUGCAGCACCAGGGACGCCUUUUCUUUUUCCUACAAUAGGAAAUAAACAAGUCGAUGUAGAUAAGCUUAGAGAUAAACAAAAAGAAUUUCAAGAGCUGGAGGCAACACUCAAGAAUUUGAAGGAUGUAGCUUCAAGCCGGCUUGCAGAAAUAAGAAGUCUCCAUGAAAGAAGGAUAGAAGUUUUGAAGAGUCUAGGUGAAUUGCAGAAUGAUGUGAAGAAUGUACAAAGUAUCACUUCCUCCAAAGCUUUUUUAUUACUAAGUGAGCAGCUGGAUAAAUCAAAAGCAGAGAUGGAUGAGUGUCGAACGUCAUUUGAGAAACUACAGGUUGAAAAGGAUAGUUUCACCUGGCAUGAAAAGGAACUUGCCUUGAGAGCUGAUCUAGUUGAUGUUUGUCGAGGAUUCUCUGCAUUUUCAGAAUCUCAUAUUUCUGAGCUAGAACAGGAGGUACAGAAAUUACUAGAAGAAAGGAUUACACUGGAGGGCAACCUUGACCAAGUUUCAAAAGAACCAGGUAGGAAAGAAAUCAUUGCAGAGUUCAAAUCACUUGUUGCAUCCCUUCCCAAGGACAUGGCAGUCAUGCAGCGUGAACUCAAUAGAUACAAGGAAGCAUCUUUAGAGAUUCAUUGCCUACGAGCUGAAGUCCAGUCCCUUUCUAAUAUACUAAAUAGGAAGGUGAGGCAGUUGGAAUCAUUGUCUGGCAUGUCUGCCCAACAAAUUUCUGAGAUAAAGAAACUGGAGGCAGUGGUUCAAGAUCUAAGAGAGAGUGAUCACGAGUUGAAGCUAAUUCUAGAUAUGUAUAGGCGUGAAUCCAUUGAUUCCAGGGAGGUCAUGGAGGGUAAGGAGAUGGAAUACAAGGCAUGGGCUCAUGUUCACAGCCUCAAAUCAUCCCUUGAUGAGCACAACUUGGAGUUGCGUGUUAAGGAAGCCAAUGAAGCGGAAGCAGUAUCUCAGCAACGGUUAGCCACCACUGAAGCUGAGAUUGCUGAUUUGAGGCAGAAUUUGGAAUCAUCUGGAAGGGAUAUACAUAUUUCAUCAGAGACAUUGAAAUCCAAGCAUGAAGAAGGCGAAGCAUAUUUAUCUGAGAUUGAGAGUAUAGGCCAAGCAUAUGAAGAUAUGCAAACCCAAAAUCAGCACUUGUUGCAACAAAUCACAGAGAGAGAUGAUUACAAUAUCAAGCUAGUUAUGGAGGGUAUAAAAGCACGUCAGCAGCAUGAUGUGUUGUGCAGUGAAGUAUACGUAAUGGACAAAAAAAUAAAACUUGCGAAUUUGUUCCUAGAUUUGUUCAAUCAGAAGGUUGAGCGGAUUGAUGACCAGUUGAAAAUUUGGUCGGAUCAGAUUGGAAGACUUGUAGAGGAUAUUUGGCAGAAGUCAUCUAGUUUAGGAGACAACCAAAGAAGGGUAACAGAUGUAGAGAGAGAAUAUCAGCAAACAGCAAAAUCAUUGGGUGAAAGGCAAGCAAAAGCAGCAAAAAGUAGACUGGAUGUCACUGAGCUCCUAAUAGAACUAGAGAAGGAAAGGUUUAACAAGAGGAGGUUGGAAGAGGAGUGUGACGUCAUGAGGAGGAAAGCUGAAUGCCUCCGGGAAAAAAUUCAGAGCUCAACAGCCUUAGGAAAACUUAAACAAGAAGUCACAGAAUACAGGGGAAUACUAAAGUGCCGUAUCUGCCAUGACCGUCAGAAGGAGGUUGUUAUUGCCAAAUGCUACCAUCUGUUCUGUAGCCAAUGUGUUCAAAGAACCCUUGAGAGUCGCCAUCGUAAGUGUCCAUCAUGUGGUGUCAGUUUUGGGCAAAAUGACGUCAAACCGAUUUAUAUAUGAUUGAAGAACAGAAUGCUUCUACUGCAAGAAACCAAGAACUAGAGGCAGGUAACCAGACGUGCGCUUGAUGGUUGCAGACUUGUUUGUACUAUAGCCGAUAUUUGUAACAUAACCCAAUAGGCACAUUUAGGUUUUGCUAGAUGAUUCCGUAGCAGAUUAAAAGAUUCUUUAGCCAUGUUACUUGUGCUUUGUCUGUGUAAAGUUUCUGUAUCCUACUGGGGCAAUCUCCCAUUAUUCAAAUGAUCCGAGGAAGAGCAUCCUGUUGCCUUGCAUACCUUGUGCUGUGGACUAUGUGAGUGCCUGAAGUUGGAUGUACGUUGAAUAAGAGUGUGUGUGGUUGCUCCAAUAAAUCCUUCUACUCUGUAUUGAUACAUUAUUUCCGAGUGAAUGGUGAUGGUGCAUUUUUUAUCGUAUCG